AUGGAGCAGAGGAAUCAGAGCGGGAGGGUAAGUGAGUUUGUGUUGCUGGGCUUCCCAGCUCCUGCGCCACUGAGGGCACUUUUAUUUGCCCUUUCUCUGCUGGCCUAUGUGUUGGUGCUGACUGAAAACACACUCAUCAUUAUGGCAAUUAGAAACCACCCCACCCUUCACAAGCCCAUGUACUUCUUUCUGGCUAAUAUGUCCUUCUUGGAGAUAUGGUAUGUUACUGUCACUAUUCCCAAGAUGUUAGCUGGGUUUGCUGGGUCCAAACAGAGCCAGGGACAGCUAAUCUCCUUUGAGGGAUGCAUGACACAGCUCUACUUUUUCCUGGGAUUGGGCUGCACUGAAUGUGUCCUUCUUGCCGUUAUGGCCUAUGAUCGCUAUGUGGCCAUCUGCCAUCCUCUCCACUAUGCUGUCAUUGUCAGUGGUCAACUGUGUGUGCAGCUGGCAGCUGGUUCCUGGGCUGGAGGUUUUGGUAUCUCCAUGGUCAAAGUUUUUCUCAUUUCUCGCCUCUCCUACUGUGGACCCAACAUCAUCAACCACUUUUUCUGUGAUGUCUCCCCGUUGCUCAAUCUUUCAUGUACUGACAUGUCAACAGCAGAGCUUACAGACUUUGUUCUGGCCAUUUUUAUCCUGCUGGGGCCACUCUCUGUCACUGGGGCCUCCUACAUGGCCAUCACUGGUGCUCUGGUACGCAUUCCCUCAGCUGCUGGGCGCCAUAAAGCUUUUUCCACCUGUGCCUCUCACCUCACUGUCGUGAUCAUCUUCUAUGCAGCCAGUAUCUUCAUCUAUGCACGGCCAAAGGCACUUUCAGCUUUUGACACCAACAAGCUGGUUUCUGUACUCUAUGCUGUCAUUGUACCUUUGCUCAACCCCAUCAUUUACUGCUUGCGCAAUCAAGAGGUCAAGAGAGCCCUACGGCAUACAUUACACCUAUACCAAGGCCAGGAUGCUAAGCACAGGAAAGCAAGCAGAGAUGGAUAG